AUGUCUACUCUCAUGCGACGGAUCCAAAAGCUCUGCCCCUGCCGGCGUCGAGGGGAUGUAGAAGAACAAGACGAUGCACACGAGACACAGGACGAUGAACGGGAGAGACAAGGGCAGCAGGACAAAGGUGGAUCGGAGCAGCAAUCUCGAAUGCUCCUCACUCUGCGCGACCUGCAGCGCACCAUGAACCCCUUGAUAGCAGCCCAAGUCUUCAACAACAAUCACAGUCCCAUUGGCCGGCUGCCGAAAGAGCUCUUGCUUUACAUCCGCCACUGCAUAGGGGACGGCAUUCUUACCCUGUACUGCCUCUGGCGUGUCUCGAGGACUUUCCGGCAUCUUAUCGACGACCCAACCAUUUGGAAACACAUGGUGCGUCCACUUUCACACAGAUCCAGGCGUAUGACUGAAGCUAUUUGGAAGUUCCCCUUUGACCUGCAGGAUCAACUUCGACAGCGCUUACAAGAAGACGGGAUGUGCAAUGAGUGCAUACUCUGGUGCAAUGUUCCUAUCAAAGGAUUGUUAAGACGGAUCAUCCGGGCUUCGAACCUUGAUACCAACCGUCGUCGAGCAAUUGGGGACCUUUGCAAAUUCGAGACUGAGCUUGGUGCUGUCCUUUACUGCAAUGCCUGCGGCAGCUACCAGAAUGUGCUAGAGUUUUCCUCUUCCAAUCAGGAUCCUGACAAGCGAGAGCGACAGUGUCUGGGUCGCCAAGGAGCCGUGCAGCUGUGUGAGCAUGUCCAUGUCUCCUGGGCCGACGUUGAAGCCCAUAUAGCCUACUGGCAGCAGCGCAAGCCUGGAGAGUGGAAGCCCUGCUUCAACCACUCCAUUGUCGAGUGCCAUCAUCCAAGUCACGACACAUGCUGCACAGCCGAGGUAGCCCCGACCUGGCCUCGAGCCCGUCUCCAGAGCGACGAUGAGGACCGGGCCCAGGUGGUUCUCAGUCUGGAAUGGAAACCCCAUAGCGGUCUCGAUGCUUUUACCCGCGCCCCGGAUGGGCGGGCCCGUCCCGCGGAGCUAAGGGCGCUGUUUCAGAGGUAUCGACAGGGGCCAGCCAGCAUUCUGCUGUCUUCGUACCCUUCGAAUCCCUUGCCCGAGAUGAUAUGUUUUGACACUUCCAAGUGUCGCUGCCUUCACUACAAGAUGGGGAAUAACAAGAGACCGAGUGCUGCGGGUCGUGGAACGAAACACGGAAGCUUCUUCCGCAAUGACUGGCCGCGUGGAUGCCCCACCUGUCAUUGCCAUUUGAGCAUGUCUGGUCACCGUCUAUCAGCGCCAUGUCUGGUCUGCGACAAGACGGACCGUGGCAAGAUCAACCCCACCCACGCGUGGUUCCAUGCCAUGGAUCCUGACACAUACCUUCCUUCGUCCAAAUGCCGGUCACGCCCCCACCUUUGUGCAAGGACAAGGGCUGCAUGA